AUGUUAAAGGAUAUGGAAAAACUGAAAAAAACCGAAGAAAGUAGUUAUAUGGUAAAACGUUUAGCCGAAUACGAGCAGCUCGGCCAAGGAAUAAUUAUGGGUAAACGAGCUUUAGUGGAACUCGAUGAAAGGCGCCAGAAAUGCAGAGAAGCUGCUCGGAAUCUUCGUAAUAGAAAAGAAAAACAGUGGACUUUAAUAUUAAAUUUAUGUUCAUUGAAGGGUGAACACAGUUGGGUUUGCUUUGGAAAUACGCUCUUCGUGAAACUCCCCACAGAACAAUCGAUUAAAUUCAUUGAAGAUGAUAUGAAAAUUAUCGAUGAAACGGUCGAUUCAACGAGAGAAGAAUUAAAAAGACGAGUCAAUGAAUUAAGAGUAAUGGAAUCUCAGAAAGAUUUGGAACAACUCGGUUUUCAUUUGAAAUCUGUUUGUUAA